UCUUUAUCAUUGUUGUGUUGUGGAUCAAGCCAAAACGAUUCUCAACACCAAAACAAAAUCUCCUCUCACCCUUCCUUCCCUCUCCCAUCCAAAACUCAUGGAAGCCUCUGCCAUUGAACGUCUUGAUUUUGGGAAGAUGGGAUAUGGGUGUAAGCAUUAUAGGAGAAGAUGCAGGAUUCGUGCUCCUUGUUGCAAUGAGGUUUACUCUUGCCGUCAUUGUCAUAACGAGGCAACGAGCAUGCUGAAAAACCCUUUUGAUCACCACGAACUUGUUCGUAAUGAUGUUGAACAAGUUGUUUGUUCGGUUUGUGACACAGAGCAACCAGUUGCUCAAGUUUGCACUAACUGUGGUGUCAGAAUGGGAGAAUAUUACUGUGACCUCUGCAAAUUCUUUGAUGAUGAUACGGGGAAACAGCAGUUUCAUUGCGAGGAUUGUGGGAUCUGCAGAGUUGGUGGGAGUGAGAAUUAUUUCCAUUGCAAGAAGUGUGGGUCUUGCUACUCAGUUGCUCUGCGUGAUAAUCAUUUAUGUGUGGAGAACUCCAUGAGGCAUCAUUGUCCAAUUUGUUACGAGUACCUGUUUGACUCAUUGAAAGAUACAACUGUUAUGAAAUGUGGCCACACAAUGCAUUGUGAAUGUUACCAUGAGAUGAUAAAGCGUGACAAGUACUGUUGUCCAAUAUGUUCCAAGUCGGUGAUUGACAUGUCUACUGCAUGGAAGAGAAUCGAUGAAGAGAUCGAAGCAACUGUCAUGCCUGAUGAUUAUCGGAAUAGAAAGGUUUGGAUACUUUGUAAUGACUGCAACGAUACAACCGAAGUUUCCUUCCACAUUAUUGGGCAUAAAUGCGGUCACUGCAGUUCAUAUAACACUCGUGCUAUUGCUCCUCCUGUUCUUCCACAAUAACCGAAUUCUCGCAGUUCACGAAGCAUGUCUUUGCCCUAUGACCCAAUUGUUGUAGAGACUCAUUUAAUUCAUCCUCAAGAUUAGUGGUGUAUUGUGUAUGCCCUGAAACUUUUCAUAGGUUAUUCUUCCUCCAAUGUAUGGAGUGGACAAGUUGGAGCUGGUAUUUGAGUCAUUAGACUAUUAUAAACAUCUGUAUACUAAAUACAACAUGGGGGAAAAAGCUUUACCCUGCAUGAGCUGAUGAUAAUUGUGUUGUGUCGUCUACUGUUGUAUUGGAUAGUGGAGGCCAUAUGCUGAUUGAUAUUGUAGGCCUUCAUAGAAAUCCUUUGUGAUUGAUUUGUUAUGUUGCAUUUUUACUAUCAUAUAGAAAAGGAAUUUGGAUCCACUGCAGUCAACAUUUACCUCAUAAAUGCAUUCAGGGACAUCUGUGACCGACCGUCCGAUCCUGACCAGAUGGUUCAAAGAAAUGCAGAUUUUAAUUAUUAGUUUAUUAUUCAAGAUACUGAGCUCGAAUCUUGGACCAUCCGAUCUUGAAUGCGAGGAAUGUUGAUUACAGGAGACCCGGGUCCAUAUAGAAGCGUGAUCUCUGACACUCAUUUCAACACUAUACUAUUGAUUGAAAUUUAUGUUGGUCCUACCAUUUAUUUAAAAAUGAAUCUAACAUUGAUUCAUGAGAA